GAAUUCGUGACAAGCUCUUGUAGCGUCUACUCUGCGUCUACUCGGUUUUGGUCACUAAGGUUGUGAGUCUGGUCAAAUCAUUUAGCCUUUUCUUUACUGUAACGCCCCCAAAAACCAUUAUCAAUUCAACUGGUAACUCUUCAACUCGAAGAUGAGCAGUAAGGAUGAGCUAGCAGGGCUCUACCUUCAGGAGAAGUACGAUGUCGAUGGUGACCCCGAGGGGUAUGGACGAAGCAACAGCUAUCGUGUGGCCACGACUCCUCUGACUGAAGGUGAUGGUGGAGAUCCGUCCAAAGGUAAAAGCAAAGAUGGCGACGACGCUCAGAAGAAAGCCAAGAAGAAGGGAAAGAAGGAAAAGAAAGCGGAUCUCGAGGAGUUAAAACAGGAACUGGAAGUGGACUGGCAUAAAAUUACACAAGAAGAACUACUGUCCCGGCUAGAAACCAAUUUGGAAAAGGGUUUGACGGAGGAAGAGGCUGAAAGAAGAUUGAAGAGAGAUGGACCCAAUGCCCUCACUCCACCACCUACCACUCCAGAGUGGGUUAAAUUUGUAAAGCAACUGUUUGGAGGUUUUGCAACACUGCUCUGGAUUGGAUCAGUUUUGUGUUUCAUUGCUCAGGCUGUCUUAGAAGCUACAAUAGAGGAAGCAGCUAGGGAUAAUUUGUACCUAGGAGUUGUAUUGGCAUUUGUCGUCAUUGUUACUGGAAUAUUCUCCUAUUACCAGGAAGCAAAAAGCUCAAAGAUCAUGGACAGUUUCAAGAACAUGGUACCACAGGAAGCAACAGUGCUUCGUGAUGGUGGAAAACAUACUUUGGAUAGUGAGAAGCUUGUAGUUGGAGAUGUUGUAUUUGUUAAGGGUGGAGACCGUCUCCCUGGCGAUAUCCGUAUUAUCGAAUGCAAAAGUUUUAAGGUUGAUAAUUCAUCUCUCACUGGAGAAUCUGAACCACAAAGUCGUGGACCUGAAUGCACUAAUGAAAACCCACUUGAAACCAAAAAUUUGGCUUUCUUCUCAACCUUUGCACUUGAAGGAAAUGCCACUGGUAUUGUUGUUCAAAUUGGUGAUAACUCUGUCAUGGGAAGAAUUGCUAACUUGGCUAGUGGUCUUGGGUCUGGAAAAACACCUAUUGCCGUUGAAAUUGAGCAUUUUAUCCACAUCAUCACUGGUGUUGCUGUCGCUCUGGGUGUGUCGUUUUUCAUUAUUGCAUUGAUCUUGAAAUACACCUGGCUUGAAGCUGUCAUUUUCUUAAUUGGUAUCAUCGUGGCUAAUGUCCCUGAAGGCUUACUAGCUACUGUGACGGUAUGCUUGACCCUGACUGCUAAACGCAUGGCCUCCAAGAACUGCUUGGUGAAGAAUCUUGAAGCCGUUGAAACUCUUGGUAGUACAUCAACAAUCUGCUCAGAUAAAACUGGUACACUCACCCAGAACAGGAUGACUGUUGCCCAUCUUUGGUAUGACAACAACAUUGUUGAAGCAGACACUAGUGAAGAACAGAAAGGAGGAGAGGAUAAGAAGUUUUCUGAAACCUGGACAUCAUUGGCUCGUAUCGCAACCCUCUGCAACAGGGCUGAAUUCAAAGCUGGUCAAGAAGACAAGCCUGUUUUGAAAAGAGAAUGUGCAGGAGAUGCCUCAGAGUCUGCUUUGCUUAAGUAUGUUGAACUUGCCAUCGGCAAUGUGCCAAGUUUUAGGAAACGACACCCCAAGGUCUGUGAAAUUCCAUUCAAUUCAACCAACAAAUAUCAAGUGUCAAUCCAUGAACUGCACACCAAGGUAGAGGGAGAAAAAGACCUGCCAGAAAAUGAAAAGGAGAAAGAUUUCCAUCAUGUUUUAGUGAUGAAAGGAGCACCAGAAAGAAUCCUCGAUCGUUGUAGUACAAUCCUCUUGGAUGGAGAGGAAAAGGAGUUGGAUGAAAAGAUGAAAGAAUCUUUCAAUCAGGCUUAUUUAGAUCUUGGAGGUCUUGGAGAACGUGUUCUUGGUUUCUGUCAAAAGCUUUUGCCAGCUGAGGAAUACCCUAAAGGUUUUGAGUUUGAAGCUGAAGAGCCACAAAACUUCCCAUUGGAAAAACUCUGUUUUGUUGGCCUCAUGUCUAUGAUUGACCCUCCAAGAGCUGCCGUGCCUGAUGCUGUCAGCAAAUGUCGUAGUGCUGGUAUCAAGGUCAUUAUGGUUACUGGAGACCACCCUAUCACUGCCAAGGCUAUUGCAAAGGGUGUUGGUAUUAUCUCUGAAGGAACAGAGACUGUUGAAGACAUUGCAGAACGUCUUAACAUCCCUGUUGAAGAUGUGGAUCCCCGUAAAGCUAAGGCAGUCGUCGUCCAUGGACAAAAACUAAAGGACUAUGACCAAGAUAUGAUUGAUGAAGUUCUUAGGGAACACACAGAGAUUGUGUUUGCACGUACUUCUCCUCAGCAAAAGCUGAUCAUUGUUGAGGGUUGCCAGAGAAUGGGUGCUAUCGUUGCUGUGACUGGCGAUGGUGUCAAUGAUUCUCCUGCCUUGAAGAAAGCUGAUAUUGGUGUUGCCAUGGGAAUAGCUGGUUCAGAUGUGUCUAAACAAGCUGCUGACAUGAUUCUCCUGGAUGACAAUUUUGCUUCCAUUGUUACUGGAGUYGAGGAAGGUCGCUUGAUCUUUGAUAACUUGAAGAAGUCCAUCGCCUACACUCUGACUAGUAACAUCCCUGAGAUCACACCAUUCUUGUUUUUCAUUAUUUUGGAUAUUCCACUACCUCUUGGCACUGUCACCAUCCUGUGUAUCGACUUGGGAACUGACAUGGUUCCUGCCAUUUCCCUUGCAUACGAGGAAGCCGAGAAUGACAUCAUGAAGCGAAAACCUCGUGAUCCAAAGAACGACAACCUUGUUAAUGAGAGGUUGAUUGCCAUGGCCUAUGGCCAGAUUGGUAUGAUCCAGGCUUCUGCUGGAUUCUUUACCUACUUUGUCAUCAUGGGCGAAAAUGGAUUCUACCCACGAGACCUGUUUGGAAUCAGAAGACAAUGGGAUGAUAGAAGUAAUAAUGGAGUUGUAGAUAGCUAUGGCCAGGAAUGGACAUUCAAGCAACGUAAAAUCCUGGAAUACAGCUGCCACACUGCCUUCUUUGUUAGUAUUGUGGUUGUACAGUGGGCUGAUCUGAUCAUCUGUAAGACAAGACGGAAUUCUAUAUUUACUCAAGGAAUGAAGAACAAGAUGUUGAAUUUUGGUCUAUUAUUUGAAACUCUUCUGGCAGCAAUCCUUAGUUAUACCCCAGGAAUGGAUAAAGGUCUCAACAUGUAUCCACUAAAUUGGAAUUGGUGGUUCCCUGCCAUGCCUUUUAGUCUGGUUAUCUGGAUCUAUGAUGAAAUACGUCGUUAUAUUCUCCGAAGAUACCCUGGAUGCUGGCUGGACAGAGAGACUUACUACUAAGUAUGUAUCUCUUUGCCGCAAGUGUUCCUGCUCUUUACUCUAUUUGUAUUCAAUUGUAUACUAAUCUUGUGACAAAUCAUUCUGACACCAUUUGAUAUGAUUCCCCACAAGGGGAGGGAGGAUAGCAUGUGAUGGGUAUUUCCCGUUCUCUAAUGAGGAACAACACUAUUUUUUAGGCAUUUAAUAUUUAAUGUCUCUGGACUGUUCCAGGCAGCAUGCUUUUUGCCUGCCACUUCCAACUGCGGGUUUUAGUAAAUAGGUAAUAUUUCUCUUUCCAAAAUUUAGAGGCUGAUUGGCGACAAACUAUUCCUGCAUAGGUUUAUGGGGGAAGGCUGCUUUUAAGGACCCUGUAGUUUUAUGCCAAUCUUCUGCUGAGUUUUGGAAAAGAAAUUGAAUUAAUUUUGAAUUUGAAAUUUGAAAAGCACACCUCCUGGAACAGAUGACAAUUCAUUUUUAGUCUUAAUAAAAUUUUUCUUUAGUCAUAAGUGAUAAUUAUAUACCAACUUCUUUGACUUCAUUUUCUUUUUUCUAUUAGCUUUCUAAUCAUUCAGAAUAAUGAAUUAUUAUUUUGAAGUUAGAAGUGUCACAUGACAAAGCUAUCCUUUGAAUCAAGCCAGAUAAAUUAUCGUUAGUUUUAUAUUCCUAGCUUCAUAUUAAUACUUUUAUUCAUUAUCAAGUGAUCUGCACAAAUGUUUUGAAUGAAAGAACUGCAAUCAAAUCUUAGGCUGAACACUCUUAAAAUUUGCAGUGCGAGUACUAAGAGAACGUUGUCGUUUUUGAAUACUUUUCCUUUAAUUUUGAUUUUUUUUUUUUUUUUUUUUUUUUUUUUUUUUUUUUGGGAUUUGGAUUUGGAUUUUGUUAUGGAAGGGAUUUGGAUUUUGUUAUGGAAAGAAUUUGGAUUUUGUUAUGUUUACAACUUGAUUUGAAACUCAGCGGUAUUCCCUCAGAGUAUCGAAGUGAGGUUGAUCAUGCGCAGUAGCCAAAGGCAAUAGCCACACCUUGAAUUAGUAUUAUCCUUUGUCAAAGGUUUUAUCCAUUUUUCUAACCAUUUUUAAGCUUCUAGUUACUAAUAUUUCGAGUAUUAUAAUUAUCAAAUAAAAACACUUUCUGAUUAA